CCUCUGGUUUCCCAGUAUGCAAGAAAGUGGUCAGCACAUUUUCCUAUAGUUGGAAGCAGAAGGCCCUGAUAAGUGCACAGGAUAAACUGAGUCUUCCCCUCCACAAGCUCAUCACGGAAUCCCCGACAAGGUGGGGAUCUCGACUGCAGAUGAUGGAAAGAGUCCUGGAGCAGGAAAUGGCCAUCACACAAGUCCUGGCAGCAGACAAAAAAACACGGCACCUUGCACCCUCCUGGCAAGACAUUGAGGUCUUUGAAUCUAUCACGGCAGCACUUAAGCCCCUCCAGGAGAGACAUACGUGAGUGUGUCCUAUCUGAAGCCGGUCCUCCAUUUGUUCAAGAUGGAGGUUCUGAAAUUAAAUGGUGGCGAAGCCAACCUGACCCGAGAGAUUAAGAUGAGUGUCCUCAAUUACCUGAAUGACAAAUACACCGACCCUGAAACAGAUGAGCUGCUCACCAUGGCUACCUUUCUGGACUCAAGGUUCAAGACCACCUACAUGACCACUGAGAAGCUGGUGAAGGUGAGAGCUGCCUCCGAGACAGAAGCCCUCCUGGUAUGGGAACACAGCCGUGGGAGACUUCUCUCUUGAAGAGGACUAGAGUGAGAGAGAGAAGCAAGCUGCCACUGCUCCACAAUCCGCAAAGAAGUCCAAGAAGAGCCUUGGGAGCUUCUUUAAGAAAAGCAGUAGUGCACCUGCCUUAAGAACCCAGAGACAGGUCAUGGAGCGAGAGCUGGACAGCUACACUCUGAUGAUGGCAGCAGACAGUCAGGCUGAUCCUUUGGAGUGGUGGCGAGUUCACACUUCCCACAACCACCAUGGCUGAGGAGCGGAGGCCGAAGCAGUGCACUGUGGUUCUGCCCACGGAGUCAAUGAAGGCCAUGGCAGAGUCCAUAGGAGUGGGGCAGCUACAGGAGGAGAGCUGUGCCGCCCUAAGCGAGGAGGUCAGCUACAGAAUAAAGGAGAUCGCCCAGGACGCGUUGAAGUUUAUGCACCACGGAAAGAGAUGUAAACUGACGACCAGCGACAUAGAUCACGCUCUUAAACUGAAGAAUGUAGAGCCUCUCUAUGGCUUCCAGUCGCAGGAAUUCAUCCCGUUCCGCUUCGCCAGUGGAGGAGGGAGAGAGCUUCACUUCUACGAGGAGAAUGAGGUGGACCUCAGUGACAUCAUCAACACACCCCUCCCUAGAGUCCCCCUUGACGUUUCUCUCAAAGCUCACUGGUUAAGUAUUGAAGGUGUCCAGCCUGCUAUACCAGAGAACCCACCCCCAGCCCCCAAAGAGCAGCAGAAGACUGAAUCUACAGAGCCUCUCAAAGCGGUCAAGCCUGGUCAGGAGGAGGAGGGCUCCAUCCAGAAGGGCCAGGGAGCUACAUCUGCAGAGGCUAAAGGUAAGAAGGAUGGUCUGAUGAGGAUGAAGCCUCGCAGUACUCACGAGCUCUCAGUGGAACAGCAGCUCUACUACAAGGAGAUCACGGAGGCCUGCGUCGGGUCCUGUGAGGCCAAGAGAGCUGAGGCUCUACAGAGUAUCGCCACAGACCCCGGGCUCUACCAGAUGCUUCCCAGAUUCAGCACUUUUAUUUCUGAAGGGGUCCGUGUGAACGUGGUGCAGAACAACCUGGCCCUGCUCAUCUACCUGAUGAGGAUGGUCAAGGCCCUCAUGGACAACCCCACGCUCUACCUAGAGAAAUAUCUGCACGAGUUGAUCCCAGCGGUGGUGACGUGUAUAGUGAGUAAGCAGCUGUGUUUGCGGCCUGACGUGGACAACCACUGGGCUCUGAGGGACUUCGCUGCCCGUCUGAUGGCCCAGAGCUGUAAGACCUUCAGCACCACCACCAACAACAUCCAGUCACGCAUCACCAAGACCUUCACCAAGAGCUGGUUGGAUGACAAGACUCAGUGGACGACACGCUACGGCUGUAUCGCUGGACUGUCUGAACUAGGACCUGACGUGAUCAAGACGUUGAUCCUGCCCAGGCUCACUGUAGAAGGAGCUCGUAUCAAAGCAGUGUCUGAUGGACCUGUUGUCUCCAACAUUGAUAAGAUAGGAGCAGACCACGUCCAAAGCCUUUUACUGAAACACUGUGCCAGCGUCAUCGCUAAAACCCGUCCCCUGCCUGACAACGUGGAGCAGUACCGGGCAGACUACGGUUACCUUGGGCCCAUGCUGUGUUCUCAUGUGGUCAAGGCCAGGGCCCAGGCAGCACUACAGGCCCAGCAGGUCAACAGAACCACACUUACCAUCACACAGCCUCGGACCACCCUAACUGUGUCUCAGAGCGGAAUAGGAGGGUCAGGGGGGUCCCGUACCCCCAGCAUCAUCAAGGUACCCAGCUCCCUCACCCUCAUGUCCACCCGACCAGGCACCCCAACACAGCCAUCGCCCCCGGCAACCAAGUACAUCGUCAUGGCAACCAGCUCAGGGGCAUCUUCCACCCAGCAGGUGAUCACUCGGACUUCCUCCUCAGUGACCAGCACGGUCGCCAGCGCUACCUCCACGCUGCAGCCUCUGGUCAAGCUGGAGUCUGGAGGGGCCGGCGGCCUGGGGGGGUCGCGACCCCUCCAGAAGUACAUUGUGGUGUCCCUCCCCUCGUCCUCCUCUCUGGAAAGUAAGAGUGGCGUGCUCCCUCCCUCUUCCGCCUCCCCCAUCUUGCUGGAAGCCGGGAUGAAGAUGGAUUGCUCAGACUCCCCCGGCGCCAGCACACAGUCCCCGCACUGAGACUCUGGGUGUGUCCCAAAUGGCAAACAAUUCCCUUUAUAGUGCACUACUGUUGACCAGGGCCCAUAAGGCUCUGGUCAAAAGUAGUGUGCUAUAUAAGGAAAAGGGUGCCGUUUGACACAGACACUGGCUUGUAAUUGGCUGAGUGGGGUAAGACAGCCAUCUGAUGGUAAUAACAGAGACCUCUACUUCUGAUUGGACAGAGACUAGGUGCCUGGGAGCGAGGACUUUUGGUGCAGGUGUGGAAACUAGCUUCUGGAGUAGCAAAGGAAUUGUCAGAAAACGGGGGAUAUUACAGUCGCAAGAAAAAGUAGGUGAACCCUUUGGAAAUACCUGGAUUUCUGCAUGAAUUGGUCAUAAAAUUUGAUCUUCUUCUAUGUCACAACAAUAGACAAAUACAGUGUGCUUAAACUAAUAACACAAAAACAAUUAUGCAUUUUCAUGUAUUUAUUGAACACACCGUGUAAACAUUCACAGACCAGCGUGUAAAAAGUAUGUGAACCCUUGGUUAAUAACUGGUUGACCUUCCUUUGGCAACAAUAA